CACCGCUAAUGAUUGAUCAGAAUUAUCAAGUAACGAAAUGAAUAAUCCCAGUCAAUCUUCCACUCUGUCCAUAUCAUCCAUCCCGCCAUCUAGCUUUCAGAAUGCUUCUGUCUAUAUGUCACAACCGUCCCUGCACGAUUCCAUCCAUACUGAUCCAAAUUCACCAGAAGUGCUGAAGCAGAGCGUGCAAAUAGCGCUUGACCAUGUCGCAAGGAUUCAAUCGCUGGCACGCAAUUGCUUGCACGGCGUACAAAGCGCAUACCAAGCAGGAAACAGUCCUGCACAUACAACAGCUGAGCUGGCUGCACUCAUGCAGGCACUUCGCACACUUGCUGAAUUCCUUCGACAAACUGGUGUAGGCGCAUACCCCAUGCCACCCGCCCCUGAGUCUCAGAGUGCAUCGUCGGUACCUCCCACAGAGCAGCAACUGAUUGACACCACGGCUAGAGAGGUACAAGUGCUUUAUGAACGCCUGAAACGUAUUCAAGAGAGCAAUACCGUUGCUGUAAAUCUACUAGGGGCUGCUGAUACCGUCUCUCGUGCACGCUAAUCAACAUCGGUGCCAAUUCUAUUGUGUAGUUUUGUAAUAUCGGCCCAGUUGAUAUGCGACGAUGCGCAGCUUAACUGGCUUCAGGUGACAGUGCGUUUGAACUGACUUGUACUGGUGGUUAAUCUCUCGAGGAUGACAGUCGCUCCGAGGGAGCGUGUCCUCAAUUCAGCUGCCUAGCGUCUGGAUACAUAGAUCGUGCCAAGAACUCGAGAGCCAACCUUACCUAGGACCAAUUAACCGCGGUAUUCGCCACCCUUAAGAAGCUGAACUUCAAUCCCGACCUCCCAGGGAGUACUAAUAAAGGACCUCAUUCCACGAUUGAUGAAAGCGGUGGAUUUGAAAGCGACUUAUACCUGCGAAGUAU